AUGCGAGCAUCCACGAUCAAGCGCUCCCUUGGGGUCGACCUGACCACCAAGAUAAAGGAGUCGCGCGUCCUCCUGGUUGGCGCUGGCGGCAUCGGCUGCGAGCUACUCAAAAACCUCGUCCUCACCGGCUUUGGCGAAGUCCACAUCAUUGAUCUCGACACUAUUGAUCUGAGUAACUUGAAUCGACAGUUCCUCUUCCGACAUGAACAUAUCAAAAAGCCCAAAGCCCUGGUUGCGAAGGAAGUUGCGCAUAAUUUCCAACCCGGCGCAAAGUUGGUGGCCUAUCAUGCGAACAUCAUGGACCGCCAAUUUAACGUUGGUUGGUUCCAGAAGUUUCACAUCGUGUUCAAUGCACUCGACAACCUGGCGGCUCGGCGUCAUGUCAACCGGAUGUGUCUUGCAGCUGGCGUGCCCUUGAUCGAGAGUGGAACAACUGGCUUCAAUGGGCAGGUCCAGGUCAUUACGAAGGGGGAAACCGAAUGCUACGACUGCAACCCCAAAGCUACACCAACAACCUUCCCCAUCUGCACCAUUCGUACCACGCCAUCACAACCCAUCCACUGCAUCGUGUGGGCAAAGAGCUAUCUGUUGCCGCAGCUUUUUGGCGAAAGCGAAGAUGAGGCGGCCGAGCUUGAUAUGACAGAGAACGCAGAGAAUGCUGAUGAGAUCGCGAACCUAAAGAAAGAGGCCGCCACUCUGAAAGAGAUCCGGGAAUCCAUGGGCUCUGAUGAAUUUUCCAGGAAUGUGUUUAAGAAGGUAUUCGAAAGUGAUAUCCAGCGAUUGCGUGAUUUGGAAGACAUGUGGACAGAACGUGAAGCGCCAAAAGUACUCGUCUACGAUGAACUUGACCAAAGUUCUGCCUCUACCAAGCUUCCGAAUUCGAGUGGCGAUCGCCGCGAGUGGAGCAUGGAGGAGAAUUUUGUCGUUUUCAAGGACAGCUUGGAUCGCCUAAGCAAGCGGUUGAAGGAUCUUCAGGCAAAAAAAUUAACAGAUGAUUCUGAACCGAGUUUGUCCUUUGAUAAAGAUGAUGAAGACACCCUCGAUUUUGUCACUGCCACUGCAAAUCUACGAGCGGAUACCUUCCACAUCGGUAUCACAUCAAAGUUCGACACCAAGCAAAUGGCUGGUAAUAUCAUCCCUGCCAUUGCCACUACCAAUGCCAUGACCGCUAGUCUUUGUGUCUUGCAAUCCUUCAAGGUGCUUCAAGAUGACAUAUCACGUGCCAAAAUGGUUUUCCUCGAGAGGUCUGGUGCACGUGCAAUUAAUUCGGAGGGACUCAGACCCCCUCAAGCCUACUGUGAUGUAUGCUCGGUCGUUCGAGGAGGACUAUCGGUCGACCCAUCUGCAACACUAGAAGAUCUUGUUGUAGGCGUUCUCCAGGAGCAGCUUGGCUAUACAAAUGAGAUGUCUGUGAGGACCGAUGAGGGUAUUGUUUAUGACCCGGAGAUGGAGGACAAUCUCCCAAAGAAGCUGUCAGAACUGGGAAUCAAAAACGACUCGUUCUUGACUGUUGUUGACGACGAUGACCUCGAGAAAGAUCCUCGCGUCAAUGUGGAAUUCUGGGUCGUGGAAAGAACCAAGCCAUCCGAAAAUUCGAAGCCUGUCACGCUAAAAACCGUCGAUAUACCACGCAGACCAAAGAAGUCCGUUGUGCCCGAAGCUGACGUCGUAAAUGUGACAAAUGGCACAGCCGGCAAUGGUAAACGCAAGCGCGAAGGCGAGGAUGAGCCCUUGACGAAUGGUCAUAUCGCCAAGAAGGUUGCUGGCGAGUCAGCACAGAAUGGCGAUGAAGAUGUUAUCGUCAUCAAGGACGACGAAGGUGCCAUCCUGAUUGAUGACUAA